UGCUCACCAUGAAAAUGCACAUCAUGCUACCGGAUUGCGGACACGUGCUUUGUGCCCACAGCCUGCUCCCUCUCGUACGCUUCUUGCUUCCUAUCACCACAUUCCUACUACCUGCGCUUGGUAUUUUUUAGUGAAAAAUAACGUCAUAAGGCCCUUCUGAAUGGCUUCGUGAGACGCGACAGUUAAUGCAACCGCGCAGUGUAGCAUUCCUUCGGCACUUAAGACCCCGUGGAGUGCCAAUGGGACGUGGGGGAAUCAGAUGCUUCCGGCUGAGCGACUGAACCGGGGAGCGGUACUUGUCCAGUGCCUUCACCAACGCCUCCACCACUGCAAGACGCGUCCGCGUAGUACGAGCCACCAUGAAGGUUGAGAAGCGUACUUUCAUCGUCUCUGGAGGCUCAUCCGGACUUGGGCUGGCGACAGUUCGUUCCCUGCUAGACGCCGGCGCGUACGCAUCUAUCGUCGACCUCUCUGAGCCUCCCGAGGAAGUCAAGGCCUCCCCGCGAGCGCGCUUCUUCCCCACCGACAUCACCGACGUCGACGCGAUCGAGCGUACGGUCGAGGGCACUGCCGCUUGGGCAAGCGAAUCAGGCGCCCCCCUCGGUGGCGUUAUCAACUGCGCUGGCGUCGGCAUCGCUGCGAAGGUCAUCUCGGUCGACAAGACCGGUGCACGUCCUCCGGAGCCGCAUUCGCUGGACGUGUGGAACUUCGCGCUCAAUGUCAACUUGACGGGGACGUUCAACCUGACGCGGCUGGCGCUCAAGCACCUGGUGUAUGCACCACCGGAAGGCGAGGAUGGUGAGCGUGGAGUGAUUGUGAUGGUGGCGAGUGCUGCGGCGUUCGAAGGCCAACCCGGUCAGACUGCUUACUCUGCCACGAAGGGAGCGCUCGUAGGAAUGACGCUCCCGAUGGCGCGCGACCUUGCACGGUACGGUGUGCGCGUCGCAACAAUCGCGCCAGGCGUCUUCGCCAGCAGUAUGACGGACGCGAUGAACGCAAAGACGCAGAAGAGCUUACGGACCGAGGGCAUCGUCUACCCGCAACGCUUUGGAAAGCCAGAUGAGUUUGCGCAGACGGUAAGAUAUAUAUUGGACUGUCCGUACGUGAAUGGCGAGACGAUACGGCUGAGCGGGGCGGGAAGACUGCCUGCGAGACUGUAAGUAGAUAUCGGCUAAAUGUAAGAUCACACUUGUUCAGCAUACAGACCGGUUUUGAGUCUGUGAGGCAUAUACAUCGAGGCUCUUCUGACCUUGCUGGUGAAAGCUCUGCAC